UGCUGCAGUAAUGUGAACUGAAUAUAAAUUAUGAGCUAGUAUUGUAAUGUUUUAUUUGAAGUGCUGAUAAGUCUCUCGUAAAUUGCGCAAUAUUUUAAGGCGUGAUGUUUCUGUGAUUAAAGAGCAUCCACAUUUUAGCAACGGAGAGAUUUGCUUUCCUAAUUUUUAUUGGUUUUUAUCAACAUUUAGACAUGACAAAGGCAUGUUUCCAGUUAAGCGGGGAAAAAUCAUUACGUUUAAUUAAAGAAGAGAGUGCAGACAUGAGUGAUCCAGAAGCAUGCAGAAUGAACCAUGAAAAUACUGAGGAACAAACAGACCUGAUGGAAGUGAAAGAACUGAAUGAAUUGGAGAAGAAACGUAAGUAUCAGGAACCUGGUCUCUCAAACGGAGAAACAUAUUUUAUAUUCUUUCAGACUGAAAACAAUUUCUCACAGAAAAAAACAGAAGCCAAAAAUCAUAACACCUGCACACAGUGUGGAAAGAGUUUCAAAAAAAGAAGAAGCCUUAGGAAUCACAUGAUAACUCACACCGGAGAGAGGCCUUUCAAAUGCACUCAGUGUGGAAAGAGUUUCGCACACAAAAGUAGCCUUCAGUUUCACAUAAAAGCUCACACUGGAGAGAAGCCUUUCACAUGCCAUCAGUGUGGAAAGAGUUUCACAUGUAACGAAAACCUGAAGAAGCAUGUAAAGACUCACACUGGAGAAAAACCGUAUAUAUGCCCUCACUGUGGAAGGGCUGUCGCAAGUAAAGGAAACCUUGUGAAGCACAUCAGGACUCACACUGGAGAGAAGCCUUACACUUGCCCUCAGUGUGGAAAGAGUUUCACUCUUCAAGAACAUCUUAAGAGGCACAUUAGAAUUCACACAGGUGAGAGGCCUUACUCAUGCCAUCAAUGUGGAAAGAGUUUCAAGCAAUACAGUAGCCUAAUCAGUCAUGGGAGAAUGCAUUCUGGUGAGAAAGCACACCAGUGUUCUGAGUGUGGCAAGAGAUUUGUAGACUCAUUUUAUUUAAAAUAUCAUCUUCGUUCUCACUCUGGAGAAAGUCUGUUUAACUGUGAUCAGUGUGGUAAAAAUUUCCUUUUUCCAUCACAUUUAAAGAGACACAAGAAAAUACAUACUGAAGUAAAAACUCAUGUGUGCAUUGAGUGUGGGAAAGCCUUUUUUAAAACCGCCCGCUUAGAAAAGCAUCAAACAAUUCAUACUAGAAAAGGAAUUGCCCAAAAGAAAUGUACUGCCCAGUCAUCUUCAGGGCUAACGCUUGCAAGUGAAUAGUCUAAAACUGAGAUGAACACAAAGAUGGAAUUUCUCCAUGAUUGCUUGUUGUGGUGAAGUUUGUGCUUGUACAACAAAGAAAAUGUAAGGGCAAAUGGAAUUAUUUGUUCAGAAGAGUAUCUUUCCCUUAAACGGCAAAAUGUUUAACGGAUGCAUUUCAUAUUAAAGAGUCACAAGGUCUGAACUGCUCCAAAGUAAAUUAUUUUACUUUUAUUCAUUUAUCAAAUGCUUUGAAAGGGACUCAUUGCAUAGCCUAAUUAGAAAUAUAUUAUAUUUGAUUGUUUGUGGGGUUUUAGAUGUAAAAUAUAUCUGUUUAUUUCAUAGUAGUGUUUUAUGUUAAUUGGGUCAGGUAGGCUUUGAUUGUUUAUUGGGUCUCCAAACCUUAAGUAUCAUUCUCAUAUCAUACAAACAUUUGCACCUGUGCCAUUUAAAAUGUUCAAAUAAUACCAGAACACAUUUUCAUUUCAGUUAUAAUUACCUUUUUUUCUUAUAACUUAAUAAACCUGGAGCGACCUGGUACCAGGCCCUCAAGGGGGUGCUGAUCACAAAGUUUUUUUUUAAUAUAUUAUGAAGAAUAUAACAAGCAAAUUUGUUUCACUCAGAGACCAAACUACAGUGAGUGUUAGUGUGUGAAAUCCAUAUGUAUAAUAAAUGGAUAAACAGAAAUAUCAUCACAUUUUGAUUUUUUAAUUUUUUUAUUUGGAAUGCCCAAUUCCCAAUGUGCUCUAAGUCCUCGUGGUGGCGUAGUGACUUGCCUCAAUCCGGGUGGCGGAGGAUGAAUCUCAGUUGCCUCCGCGUCUGAGACCGUCAAUCCGUGCAUCUUGUCACGUGGCUUGUUGAGCACAUUACCACAGAGACAUAGCGUGUGUGGAGGCGGCAUCCACACACAACUCGCCACGUGCCCUACCGAGAGCGAGAACCACACAUAGUGGCCACGAGGAGGUUACCCCAUGUGACUCUACCCUCCCUAGCAACCGGGCCAAUUUGCUUGCUUAGGAGACCUGGCUGGAGUCACUCAGCAGGCCCUGGAUUCAAACUCGCGACUCCAGGGGUGGUAGUCAGCAUAAAUACUCGCUGAGCUACCCAAGACCACCACUUUUAUUUUUAUUACUUUAAGAAAAGUAAACUUGAUAUAGAAAAUGACAUAUCACAACUAACAGUAGGUGAUCCUGAAUCAAACAAGCCCACACACAAUGUGCAAUGAUGAGUAGAUGCUGAAAUAUUACUCAGAGUGUCAUGACAGCUAUGGUUGCUAUCGCUAAUGGCGUCUCUCUCUAGGGACGGUUUCUCUGGGAUUGAUUCAUUAAAACAUGAUCCUUAAUGUCACAGAUGUGUUAGAUCAUUCUCACUGGAUGUCUAGAGAGUGUAGACUCCAUAUUUGGAAUCAGGCUUGUGUCCCACAUGGGUCAGCAGACCCUGAGCGCACAUACAUAGACUGCACACAAGAGGGUGCUCAACGCACAUUUGUUGGAGUGAUGGAAUAAGAAGCCAAUGUGAUCAUUUUAAAUUAUUAGGCAGUAAGUAUUUUUAUAUUUUUUCAGAUUUUUCAUUCUUAGUUUUCAAUUAUUCUGUUUUAAUGUUCAAUAAAACACCUGAAUACUUGUUUGGAGAGAUUUUUGGACACUAUAAAUAAAAAUCCACCUUGGCCACCAUGGUUCCAUAUGCUAUAACUUUUGUUUAUGUCCUAUCAACACAAUUUUUUUUCCUGGUAUAGAUGACAUGUUGGAAAACAACACAAAGUCAAGUCAAAGUUUAUUUGUUGAGCACGUUUAAAAACAACCAAAGUUGACCAAAGUGCUGUACAGUACAAUAUACAGAGCAAUAAAACCAAACAGCAAAGGACAAGAUAAAAAAAGGUAGACACACAAGGCAAUGAAAAGAGGUGGGUCCUUAACCUAGACUUAAAAACAGGUAGAAUAGGAGCAGUUCUGAUAUGAGCUGGCAGACUAUUCCAGAGCUUUGGGCCAGCAAUGGCAAAGGCUCGAUUUCCUCUUUGCUUUAAUCUGGAUCUGGGAACGUAGAGCAAGCCACAGUCCCCAGAUCUUAGGGAGCGAGUAGGCAUGUGGGGACACAGCAAAUUUGAAAGAUACGGAGGCGCUUGGUUGUUUAAUGGUUUUUUAAACGAAUAAUAAAAUGUUUAAAUCAAUUCUGUAUCUGACCGUUAGCCAGUGUAGUGAGAUUAACAUGUUGGACCAAUUGUAGACGAUUGAGGGCAGAUUAAUUAAUUCCAAUAUAAAGGGAAUUGCAGUAGUCUAAAUGAGACAAAGUUAACCUGAUGACCUUGUAUACUUACUGUCUAAAAUGUUUAAUGUCAAACAUGAGUGAUACCUGAAAAGUUUAUUUUUAGCGCUCAUUUUUUGUAGUUAUCAGCAGUGUUGUAGCAUGAGAGUGUCUGAGUGUGAUCCUGAUAUAUUUUCUUGAAAUUUUGAAAGGUUUUCUAUGAAUUGAUACCAUGCAAUUGACCCUCUUUGAUAUAUUUUUGUGAGACUUGUAAGCUCUUUACUUUUGGUUAUUCCGUUUAAGCAUGAAAUCCUUAAAAAUGCCUUCAGAGAGUAAGGGGUUAAACAAGCAAUCCAACAUUCAUGUCAGGGGUGUCAAUCUGGCCCAUGGGAUGGUUUGGGGAAAGGUUAGAUCAACUAAAUAGGCAUAUUUUUCCUGUCCAUGUUGUCAUUAUUGCAGUUAGCGACUUGCACAAACUUCAAAGUGUGAAAUAUCCUGUUAUUCUGUGACAGUUGUGUCAAAUCUAGUAUCAGCUGAAAAGCUCGUUUCAGUAUGUGUCCAUUGAUUAUUUCGGCAAGAUACAUUGAUUAUUCUAUUUUUAGCAACAACAUUACAUAUAAAGUCUUUAAUUUGUUGUGUUGCAUGUUAUAGCAUGUCUCUUAAAGCGGCAGGACAUGCGGCGGAUUGGUGCUUGCACACACUAUAAUGAAUUUGUGCUUUUCAGCUGAUACUAGAUUUGACACAAC